AUGGAAAAUCAGCCAGCGCAAAGAAAAAACUCUCGUCCCAACUCCGGUGACGGCAGAAUCUCUGAACUUCCACAACCCUUAUUGCACAACAUUGUCGCUUUCCUCUCCCAAGAGGAGGCGACCAGAACAUGCGUUUUGUCCAAAUCAUGGCGUUCUAUUGGCCCGACUCGGCCCAAAAUCGAGUUUAAUGAAGCGUCCUACGAAGGGAACCAUGAAAAGUUCCUGUCCAAUCUGGGCCGCACGCUACAAGUUUACCACAGCCGGGAGUUUUGCUUGCAAGAAUUUAUAUUGCGUGUAAGAAAAAUUAAUCAUAAUUCUGUUUCUUUUCUUGAAAAAUGGGUCCGGAUUGUCUUGCUCGAUAUGGGCGUUAGGAGGUUUCAUCUGGUUUUCAUCUCGAGCUACUUUACUUUGCCGUCAAUCUUCUUUGAAGCUGAAACCCUUGAGGAUUUGCAUCUCAAGAGGUGCAGAAUUGAAUCUGUUGAGAAUGUACGCUCAUGGCUUCUGCGUAAAGUUUCCUUCUUUGAGGUCGAUGUUGCAGAAGAACAUUUACGGAAAAUAAUAUCGAGUUGCCCCCUGAUAGAACACUUGGCCUUUGAUACCUGUCAUGGUUUCACAACAAUUGACGUUCAACAUACUAAUCUCAAACACUUUGAAUACGCCAAUUUGAAAAGGUAUGUUGAUGUCACUAUCAAAAUCGACGCGCCAAAUGUAGAGAGCAUAAGUAUUGUGGGACAUGGUGCUACUUGGCUUCACCAUGGGAAGACCUUCCCUUGUCUCAAGUCCCUGCAUCUUGAGCAAUGCAGAAUUGAUUCUGUGGACAUGGUCCACAUUGCAGACGAACAUUUGCGGAAGAUAAUGUCGAAUUGUCCCCUGAUCGAACGCUUGGCCCUUGAUGCAUGUCGUGGUCUCAGAACAGUUGAGGUUCAUAAUGAUAAUCUCAAGCACUUAGAAUACGAUUCGGCCUGUUUGGAAGGCACUAUCAAAAUCGACGUGCCAAAUAUAGAGAGCAUACGUAUUGUGGGACCUGCGAGUUGGCUUCACCAUGGGGAGACCUUCACGCGUCUCAAGUCCCUGCGUCUGGAAUAUGUGGUGCUUACCCAGAAGGACUUCGAUAGCUUCUCGGUUGACUUUUGUUGUCUUGAGGAUUUGAAAAUACACUUUUGCAGCGGCUUUGAAGAAUUCCAGCUCUCAAGCCGUUCGAUUAAGCGGUUACAUCUUGCUGUGAAUGGCCUCACCAAGGCAGCUAUUGACCUCCCGAAUAUACUUUGUUUUGAAUUGAUUUGUGAUGAUUUCCCCUUAAUCACAUUGACGACGAUUUCCACUGAGUGGAGGUCACUCAUACUCUUGAAGCGUGAACUGAUUACUAAAAGUGAAACUUCAUUGUUUUAUGUCAAGUUAAAUGAACUGCUUAGGGCAUUGAAUCAUUCUAGGAUUCAUCUGCACAUGAGGGGUUUUCCUCUGGAGGUACCACAUGGUUAUGUGGGUUUUGGAGAACCUGCCGUGAUUGAAAGCUUGGGUGUUGCUUACCGUCAUCCUUGUUCUUCCCUUGAAGCUUCUUUAAAUGAUUUUUUUGGUAGUUUUCGGCCGAGAUACAUAGAACAGUCUAUCUAUCCACUUUCAGUGACUGAAGAAUAUGAAGAUAUCAUGGAUGAUUUGUAUGCAGAGGAACAGGCGGCUAAUCGCGUAAUCGAUCACUGGUAUGCCGUUCAAGCAGGAAUAGCCGAUGAAUUCUUGGAUUUUCCAGAAGCUCCGGAGAGAAAUCAGAAUGGAGAAGCCAGUAAUGAGCUCAUUGAUCGUUUGUGGAUCGUCCUCAUGAAGAAAGAAAGGGAGGACCGCAUUUGGCAGCAGGAUUUAGAUGAAGUAAGUGUGGAGGCGAAUGGUCGGAAUGUAGUCGAAUGGCGUUCUGUGCAAAGUGAGAAUUUAUCCCAAUUGGUGUUGCCGAACAAUGUUGAUCGAAAGAUUCGCUUUCAACUGAAAUGGAGAGAGUGA